AGCGUAGUGGCGCCUCUGCGAUGUCAUUACAGGCCCUACAUUUGUACACUCUGUCAACAUGGCAUGUUGAAGCUUUUAAAAGGGUGCCAGAAAUAUUGCCCCACACGCGCGUAGGACACCGUGCGAGGAGUAAAAGUGCAACGCUCAACCUUCCUAUUGCAGUCAGUGCUUCGCCCUUUUGAUAAUAACCACGAAUAAAGCUCUUCUUUCUCCUUUAUUUCUCGGCGAUACUAGUAAUAAUAAUUUAACAGCGUGGUUUCAGGAAUGGAAACUUUGUAAGGGGGCUAUCCUCGCCUAAGUGUAGCUUGCAGCGCCACCUAUUUUAGUGCUACUCUAUGCGUGCAUUGUAGUCUGGUUAGUCUAUCGCUCUAGCGAAGCUGGGGUUGUCAUAGUUUCCAAAAAUGGCCGAAGGUGAAUGUGCUCGCGACGAACAGCGCCGCGAUCCUGCAUCGUCCAACGACGCUGGUUGCGAUCUCUUCAGCUCUGCCGAUCUCAAAGAUGAGCCCCCGAAGCACAAGGUCAAAGCAGGGAAGAAGAAGAAAAUUCCCGGCGUCGUCUACUUGAGUUACAUACCGCCCAAGAUGAACGUCAAGACCGUGCGGAGCAUGUUGUCAAAGUACGGCGAACUGGGACGCAUAUUCCUGCAGCCGGAGAAAGAGCGUGGCAAGGCGCGGAACUUCGUCGAAGGUUGGGUCGAGUUCAUGGACAAAAAAGUGGCGAAGCGCGUUGCUGCCACUUUGAACGGCGUCCAGGUGGGUGGAAAACGACGUGCCGAGUAUUACUACAGCCUCUGGAGCAUCAAGUACCUGCACCGGUUCCGGUGGACGCAUCUGAACGAGCGACUAGCAUACGAGAAAGCCGUAAGGGACCAGCGACUGCGCACCGAGAUCGCGCAGGCCAAGCGCGAGUCCAACUUCUACAUUUCGGCCGUUCAGAAGAGCAAGCGCCUACGGCGCGAAGCUAGAGAAGGUGGCGAGGACGACGCGAGCUUACAACGGUCGAUAGAUGUGCGGCAGCGCGCUACCGACGAGGAUAUCGUCGCGAACAGGGCAAAAAAGACUGCAGAGGGAACUUCAAAGCCCGCCGUCGACCUGGGCCUGCUGAAAAACAUUUUUGUGAGUGGUGUGACAGCGGGCUCGGACGAUUCAGAGAACGAGCUUGGGACGUGACUCAUUUGAAGUCAAUAAACUUUUUCCGUGUA